AUGAUCAUUGCUUCGCUUAUUAUAUUAACCUUUACUCUGCACAUUGGGGAUGGAGGUUCGCACGAGGGACCCGCCAAGCUACAAAAACAAAGUCAACCCGGGAACAUGAAUGUGAAUGUUGAGCAACCAGGAAAAUUCGAGCGGUUUGUCGCCGAAAGUGAUCUGAUGAAAGAUGACGAAAAUGGGCAAAAAGCUAGCGAAGUUGAGAGCAAUCUGAAAGACGUCGGAGAUGAAGAAGAAAGUCUCAGAAACAUUGGAACGCCGAACAUGGAGGUUAUUUCAACUAGAAUUGAGGCACUCGAGAAACAGAUAGCCAAUCUUAAUGCCCAACUCGUUAUUCAGCAAAGAUUGACAAAUUUUACCAAAACGUUUCCGCCUGUCAAAUUUCGCGACGAACGUACUCGGAAAAGAAUACUUAUCACUGGCGGCUGUGGGUUUGUCGGAUCACAUUUGGUUGAUAAAUUAAUGGCUGAUGGUCAUGAGGUCCUUGCACUCGACAAUUAUUUUACCGGACGAAAAAGAAAUGUCGAACAUUGGAUCGGACACCCAAACUUUGAACUGGUGCAUCACGACGUCGUGAAUCCUUACUUUGUUGAAGUUGAUCAGAUUUAUCAUCUCGCUUCGCCUGCAUCACCGCCACAUUAUAUGUACAAUCCUGUGAAGACAAUUAAGACAAACACAAUUGGGACUAUCAAUAUGCUCGGAUUAGCAAAGAGAGUCAAAGCGACAAUGUUACUUGCUUCGACAUCGGAGAUUUAUGGUGACCCCGAAGUUCAUCCACAACCUGAAGAAUACUGGGGUCAUGUGAAUACUAUUGGUCCUCGUUCGUGCUAUGAUGAAGGGAAACGAGUUGCCGAAAGUUUAAUGGUCGCUUAUCACAAGCAGGAGAAUGUUUCAAUACGGAUUGCAAGAAUUUUCAAUACGUUUGGACCAAGAAUGCAUAUGAAUGAUGGACGUGUAGUUAGCAAUUUUAUCAUACAAGCCUUACAAAAGCAGCCCAUUACGAUUUAUGGUGAUGGUGGACAAACUCGUUCAUUUCAAUAUGUUUCCGAUUUGGUUGAAGGCCUAAUAGCAUUGAUGGAAAGUGAUAGUUUUAUUCCUGUUAACCUUGGCAAUCCAGAGGAACACACAAUAAGGCAUUUUGCUGAGAUUAUCAGGGAUUUAGUAGAUAGCGAAAGUCAAAUAGUACACAUGGAUGCCCAACCUGACGAUCCUCAUCAAAGGAAACCGGAUAUUCGGAGAGCUGAUAAACUUCUAAAAUGGAAACCAAAGGUUUCAAUGCGUGAAGGUUUGCAAAAGACGAUUGAGUAUUUCCGAGGCCAGUUGGCAAGCGGGGGACGGCUGGACCAUACACCAAAAAGACCGCGGAAUUCGCUUCCUGGCGUAAGGCCCCCUCAGGGUGGUGUUGUCGUCUCUAAACCUCUAUUCGUCGUGAAACCUGACAACGGCCGUGCAAAUCCUCCAAGUCGAGGUGAUGGAUACGACUCGUUUGACGACGAUGACAUUAGACCCGGGCCUUCUGAAUACAUCAAAACCCAGCAACAAGAGCUCACUCAAAUACCGGAUUCACAACCCAAAUGCAAUACUCCCCGUCGACGACAAGAUGAAUCUGAUAGUAAAGUCUCGCAUCUGGUCUCGUGUCAGCUUCUGAAAAAUCGCUUACACAAUGAACAAAGAGAAAAAGAAAAGGUUGAACGCCAACGAAAUGAACUCUCGGCACAACUAAUGAAAGCAGAUCGGGAGAAAAGGGAGGAGAUAGACAGAGUCAAGAAAGCCUAUGAAGCUAAAAUUCAAACGAUGGAUAACACGAUUCGGGAAUUACGAUUUGAUGAGUCGAGAGUAGACAUAACAAUUGCUAGCCAAAUGCAUGCUGAAGAUCCAGACACGAUUGAUUGCACUGCUCUAGAACCUCGAAUGCGGUUUGCUUCACCAGCUGUUCAUUCUAAAAAGGCAACAGCAGUACCACAACGAUCGGGUCCAGAACUGUUUAAAGCACAGCGAAAUGCGAUGGCGGCAAUGAAUAAUCUCAACAGUGCUAAACCUAUUAUUAAACAGAAAUUGGCUCAAACUGGGCCUGAAAGAUUGCAGCAGAGAAUCAAUGCAAACGCAGCCGCCGCCGCCAUGAAAGCACAGUCACCGCCCGCUAAACGACCGCCAAUGCAACCUCAAUCAGUGUUGAAUGUUUCAAAACCUCAACAUGCAGCAACCACACAUUACGAUAAUGCGAAACCUCAACAGGACUUCAUGUUGGACUCUCAAACACAGCAACAUCAUCAUCGAGUUACAUUUCAAUUGCCUCCUGAAGCUUCUGGUGAGAUGGCUUCACCUGUUACGACAACCUCAGCACCUGUAAAACAAUGUGUUAAGAAAAAGCGGAAAAAGCCGAUCCUGAAAUCGAGGAGCGAUGUAAAAACGUUGCUCGCUUGCUUGAAAAUCCGAAAAAAUCCACGUGUGUUGAAUUUUGCGAAUAUCUGUCCACAAAAAGGCGCCAUACUUCUCCAGAAAGUAACAGAAAUAACGGAGGUCGAAUGGACAGAAGUGCCAGAAGAGGAGGCACAAGGAGAGGAGUCAAACGAUUCAACGAAUUCGAAAUGUCGAAAAGAUUCAAAGGAUCCGAAAAAGUUGGUUAAUGAAAAGAAAAAUAAACCG